AUCUUGUCAAGCAUUUCACUGAGACCAGCCCAAGUUUUUAGGGUGGGGAUCCAGACUGGUUAUACGUACCUUCCCUCCUUCUCGCGGUGGAAGGCAGAAACACCUCAAAGCCUGCAUGUAAGAACAUCUACUGGGAAAUUAUUUUAAUCAGACACCAGCUGAGUGGGAGAAAGAAAAAGAGCAGAGAACAAGCAAGCCUCCUUUGGCCGUGGAUGUAACCGAAGCCAGAGGCAGCGAUGGACUGGCACCCCUUCAGAAAAGCUGCGGUGCUGCUGAUUUUUCUGGUGGUGCUUGAAGUUAACAGUGAAUUUCAAAUCCAGGUAAGAGACUACAAUGUCAAAAAUGGGACCAUCAAGUGGCACUCCAUCAGAAGGCAGAAACGUGAAUGGAUCAAGUUUGCUGCAGCCUGUCGGGAAGGAGAAGACAAUUCAAAGAGAAACCCAAUUGCCAAAAUUCAUUCAGACUGUGCUGCAAACCAGGCAGUGACGUACCGCAUCUCUGGAGUAGGGAUUGACCAGCCACCUUAUGGAAUCUUCAUUAUUAAUCAAAAAACUGGUGAAAUCAAUAUAACAUCCAUCGUUGAUCGGGAAGUUACGCCCUUUUUCAUUAUCUACUGCCGAGCACUGAAUGCGCAGGGUCAAGAUUUGGAAAGACCACUGGAGCUCAGAGUCAGGGUUUUGGAUAUAAAUGACAACCCUCCCAUGUUUUCCAUGACUACAUUUGUAGGACAAAUAGAAGAAAAUUCUAAUGCAAACACACUGGUAAUGAAACUCAACGCUACUGAUGCAGAUGAACCAAAUAACUUGAACUCAAAGAUAGCUUUCAAGAUCAUAAGACAAGAGCCUUCAGACUCACCAAUGUUCAUCAUCAACAGAUACACUGCAGAAAUCCGAACAAUGAAUAAUUUUCUAGACAGAGAGCAAUAUAGCCAGUAUUCUCUUGUGGUGAGAGGCUCAGACCGUGACGGUGGGGCAGACGGCAUGUCUGCAGAAAGCGAGUGCAGCAUCAGAAUCUUGGAUGUCAACGACAACAUCCCAUACUUGGAGCAGUCAUCUUAUACCGUCAGCAUUGAAGAAAACGCCCUCCAUUCGCAGCUACAGGUGAUCAGAGUCAUUGAUUUGGACGAGGAAUUCUCAGACAACUGGAAGGCGGUCAUUUUUUUCAUCUCUGGAAAUGAGGGCAAUUGGUUUGAAAUAGAAAUGAAUGAACGAACAAAUGUGGGAAUUCUGAAGGUUGUCCAGCCCCUAGAUUAUGAAGCCAUGAGUAAUAUGCAACUCAGCAUUGGUGUUCGAAAUGUAGCUGAAUUCCACCAGUCAAUUGUUUCUCAAUAUAGACUCACAGCAACUAUGGUCACCGUGACUGUGUUAAACGUGGUUGAGGGCUCUGUGUUCCGGCCAGGCUCAAAGACAUUCGUAGUGACCAGUAAAAUGGGAGCAAAUUACAAAGUGGGAGACUUUGUGGCUACAGACCUGGACACGGGUCGAACUUCAACAAAUGUUAGAUAUGUGAUGGGAAAUAACCCAGCUGACCUGCUGGCUAUUGACUCAAGAACGGGCAUAAUAACUUUAAGGAACCGAGUUACUAUGGAACAAUACAAUAAGCUGAACGGCAGAUAUGAAGGAACGGUGCUCUCAAUAGAUGAUAGUCUUCAGAGGACCUGCACUGGAACAAUCAUCAUUGAUCUGAGUGGCUCUGGCUGGGCAACCAGCACAGACGGCAAUGGCAGUUCAGAUGGUGAUGGUGGCGACCAUUCCGGGGGAGGACAGACUUACACAAAUCAAAGCACUUCCACUGAGGGACCGCAAGUCUCCACAAAACCAUGGGGAGGUGGAGACGGUGGUGAUGGUGGCGACGGUGGCGAUGGCGGUCGUGACAACGAUGGCUCCGAAACUGGUCCCUACCAAGUUGAUAGCUUUGGAGACAACGUUCACUUCGGUCCUGCAGGCAUUGGGCUGCUAAUCAUGGGAUUCCUAGUCCUAGGAUUGGUCCCAUUUUUGUUGCUCUGCUGUGAUUGUGGAGGGGCCCCUGGUGGUGGAGCUGGCUUUGAACCUGUUCCAGAAUGUUCUGAUGGAGCAAUUCACACUUGGGCAGUAGAAGGCCCACAGCCUGAACCCCACGAUGGUAUAACCACCAUCUGUGUACCACAAAUAAUACCUGGUAAUGCCAAUAUUAUAGACUGUAUUGACAACUCAGGAGUUUAUACAAAUGAAUAUUGUGGCAGAGAAAUGCAAGAUCUGGGAGGAGGAGAAAGAACUACAGGAUUUGAACUAAUGGAUGGAGUUAAAACAUCAGCUGGACCUGAGAUAUGCCAAGAAUAUUCGGGAACAUUAAGAAGAAAUUCAAUGAGAGAGUGUAGAGAUGGAGGUCUCAACAUGAAUUUCAUGGAAAGCUACUUCUGUCAGAAAGCCUAUGCUUAUGCGGAUGAAGAAGAGGGACGCCCAUCCAAUGACUGUUUGCUCAUCUAUGAUAUUGAAGGCGGAGGCUCCCCUGCAGGCUCCGUGGGCUGUUGCAGCUUCAUUGGAGAAGAUUUAGAUGAAAGCUUCCUGGAUACGUUGGGGCCCAAGUUCAAGAAGUUGGCAGAUAUCAGCAUGGGAAAAGAAAUAGACUCGUAUCCAGACCCCGACCCUUCUUGGCCUCCUCAGAGCACUGAACCGAUGUGCCCUCAGCAAACAGGGCCCCUUGCUAGUGGACACCCACCCCCUGUCUCCCCACAUUUUGGUACUACCACAGUGAUUUCUGAGAAUACCUACCCCUCUGGCCCUGGUGUACAGCAUCCUAUGCCGAUUUCUGACCCUCUGGGCUAUGGUAACGUCACUGUGUUAGAAUCAUAUGCCACUUCUGGCACUCUGAAGCCCUCAGUCCACUUUCAUGAUAACCGGCAGGCUUCAAAUGUGGUGGUGACAGAGAGGGUGGUGGGCCCCAUCUCUGGUGCUGAUUUGCAUGGGAUGGUAGACAUACCUGACUUGAGAGAUGGAUCAAAUGUUAUAGUGACAGAAAGGAUAAUAGCACCAGGCUCAAGUCUACCCACCUCUCUGACCAUUCCUAACCCUAGAGAGUCUUCAAAUGUGGUCGUGACAGAGAGAGUGAUCCAACCAUCUUCUGGCAUGAUAGGCAACCUGAGCAUCCCUCCUGAGUUAUCAAAUGCCCACAAUGUGAUUGUGACAGAGAGGGUGGUUUCUGGAGCUGGUGUGAGCGGAGUCAGUGGCACCACUGCAAUCGGUGGGGUUGGAGGCAUAAGCAGUAGUGGCCUAGUUAGCACCACCAUGGGUGCUGGUAGUGGGGCUCUGAGUGGAACUGGAGUGGGUGGUAGUGGCACUGGUAUGAGCCUCAGUGGAGGCGGAGGCGUGGGUAGCAUGGGAGGGACAGCCACUAUUGGCCACAUGAGGAGUUCCUCAGACCAUCACUUUAGCCAGACAGUCGGAUCUGCCUCCCCAAGUAUGGCUCGAAGUAGAAUCACAAAAUACAGUACAGUGCAGUAUACCAAGUAGUCAGGAUCCCAGGGUAGUGUUUAUCAUCAUCACUGUGAUGCACGUACACCUGCCUCUCAAGUCUAACAGUACAAUUUGUGAUGCAGAGCAGGUUAUGGGAGACCUGUGGAGAAAGAUGAGGAGCCACAGUGGGAACAAUAAAUGGAAAGAUAUCGUGGAAAGAGCACUCCCUAGCAUUGGUAAACUUUCUUCUUAUAUUAACACUAGUGAGAUAAUGGCAGUCAACUUGAGGUACGAUCUUAUUUGUGGCUAUGUGGUCUACAGGGUUGUUUUUGGUUUUUUGUUUGUUUGUUUGUUUCUAAAUCUGUGUGCCCUGUAGGGUAGCACCAGCAUGUUGAAUAAAUAAACUGUGGGUACAUAAAAUCAGUGGCUUUAAAUGGCAAUUGGAAGAAUUCUUCUCGCUGUGCAAAAAUUAACCAGAAAGGUUUUACUGAGUAGCUUAUG